AUGGGAUCACCAUCUUCUGCUUCUAGAAGACAGAACAACCUUCUAUUCCUUGUAUUUAUUAUGAUCCUUUUCUUUUACUCUAUACCAGAUAAAAUCAAUCUUUGUUCCAACCAAUCUUCUGUCAGCCCAGGUGUGAUUCCAUAUAAGAGCUCCUCCAACAUCUCUUCAUUGGAAACACUAGAGCUAGAUGGCUGCUUCAGCUUUGACAAUAUCGACUACGCAGCCAAGGACUUUGGCAACAUGUAUCAUUUCCUACCAUCGGCAGUUCUACAUCCAAAAUCAGUUUCUGAUAUUUCCAACACUGUAAAGCAUAUUUUCAAAAUGGGUUCCACUUCGCAGCUAACCGUUGCUGCUAGAGGCCACAGUCACUCCCUUCAAGGUCAGGCACAAGCUCAUCAAGGUAUAGUAAUCAACAUGGAAUCACUUCAGGGACCAGAGAUGCAAGUUCACACCGGAGACCUGCCUUAUGUGGACGCAUCAGGUAGUGAGUUGUGGAUUGAUAUUCUACAUGAGACUCUUAAAUACGGGCUAGCACCAAAGUCUUGGACGGACUACCUUCAUCUCACCGUUGGAGGCACCUUAUCAAAUGCCGGAAUUAGUGGACAGGCAUUCAAACAUGGACCACAGAUUAACAACAUUUACCAAUUGGAGGUUGUCACAGGCAAGGGAGAAGUAGUUACCUGUUCAGAGAAGCAGAACGCAGAUCUCUUUUAUGGUGUUCUUGGAGGGCUUGGGCAGUUUGGCAUAAUCACUAGAGCGAGAAUAUCUCUUGAACCGGCACCAAAGAUGGUGAAAUGGAUCAGAGCACUAUAUGACGAAUUCUCUAAAUUUUCCAAGGACCAAGAACAUUUAAUAUCCAAGAAUUCCUUCGACUACAUCGAAGGGCUUGUAAUAAUAAACAGAACUGGUCUUCUCAAUAACUGGAGAUCCUCCUUCAAUCCAAAAGACCCUCUUCAAGCCAGUCAAUUUAUUUCAGAAGGAAAAACUCUUUAUUGUCUGGAAAUUGCCAAAUACUUCAACCCAAACGAGUCUGAUGCGAUAAAUCAGGAAACUGAGAGCCUAUUGUCAGAACUGAGUUACAUUCCAUCCACACUCUUUCUGUCAGAAGUUUCUUAUGUGGAAUUCCUGGACAGAGUCCACAUGUCUGAAAUCAAACUCCGAGCAAAAGGUUUAUGGGAGAUUCCUCACCCAUGGUUGAAUCUUCUAAUCCCAAAAAACAAAAUUUUUGAAUUUGCUCAAGAGGUCUUCGGAAAUAUUCUUACAGACAGCAGCAAUGGUCCCAUCCUCAUCUAUCCGGUCAAUAAGUCCAAGUGGGAUAACCGAACAUCCUUAAUCACCCCAGAAGAAGAUACUUUCUACCUAGUGGCGUUCUUAUCAUCUGCGAUGCCAUCUUCCACAGGACGAGAUGGCUUGUUUCACAUUUUAGCUCAAAACCAAAGAAUUCUAGGUUUCUGUUCCUCGACUAAUCUUGGGGCCAAGCAAUAUUUGCCUCAUUACAGCACCCAGGAAGAAUGGCAAGCUCAUUUUGGUCCGAAGUGGGAAGUUUUUGUACUAAGGAAAUCAACUUAUGACCCAAUGGCAAUCCUAGCUCCUGGCCAACGAAUCUUCAGAAGGAAAUAGCAUCCACAUGAUGCUGGCCUCUCGUUCAAGAAAAAUAUCAGGAAAAGGUUCCUUAAGGCAAA